ACAAUCUAGACUUUAUAUUCUCUUAUAUUUUAAUGAUAAAACUGUUAAUUAAGCAUUGUCGUAAAAAGAUUAUUUACAUUUAAUUGAUUGGAAUUCAGCGGUAGGCAUAUAGUACUGUUUUAUGAUCAGAUGCAACAACUCUAGCUUGAGUGAGCCAGAUGCAGCUUUAAUGCAGGCUUCUCAUUUAGACAUAUUUUACAGUUUACAUACUAACUCCUCGUGCUCGCUAUUACUCUAGCGUUCCCAGCAUACAUUAGGCUACAUACAACAUAUCAUUAGAGUGCCACCUAGUGGCACAACUACAUUGUAACAACUAGGAGAUCUGUAUAUAUCCUAGAGACUAAUUGUAUCCACAAUUUUUUCACCUAGAUCCCAGACACAACAAGACCAGAAAAACCGCAGCCUGAUCCAGAGAAGAUGGGGGCAUCUAUUCAAGCCUUCUUCUCUUCAGCAGUGAAGUAUAAAGCCGACUCAGCCGAACAACAAACCAAAGAAGAGGCUAUUGCCCAGUGGAUUGGGCGCACUGGCCUACCUACCCGUUCGGUUGAGGACGAAGAUUUUGUUAAAAUGAUGCUGACCAUUGAUAAGAAGUUGACCGUUCCCAAGAAAGCAAAAAUAACGAAUUUGGUUGAUAAACUUUACAAUGCCGAAAGGCAGAAGUUUAAAGACAGACUCGCCACAGCACGCAAAGUCACGAUUGGGCUGGACAUAUGGACAAAAAAAGGGCUCACGGCAGCAUUCCUUGCCAUUAGUGCAUGCUACUAUUGCACUCAGCAAAACAGGGCAACCCACAUACUGCUGAGGCUUGAGCAGAUCUCCCACCCACACACUGCAGAGUGCAUAAAAACAUGUGUGGACCGAUGCACAGAGGACUGGGGAAUACCCAAAGAAAAAAUUCUGACUGUGAUAACAGACAACGGGAGCAACAUGGUUGCCGCUUUCAAAAGCGAAGAUGACGAUGAGCCCAGCUCUGAGGAUGAUGAAGUCCAAAACAGUGAUGAAGAAUCUGAGGAGGGUGAUGAAGAGCAAAGGUACGGAGCCAUAAAGAGGACACCCUGCGUUGUACAUACGCUGCAACUCGUGGUGAACAUGACCCAGAAGGAACCGAGCGUAAAACGACUCUUUGACAAAGCAAGAGGACUUGUCAGGCUCUUCCGCAAGUCUUCUGUAGCAACUGAGCGACUGCUCCAGCUUUGUGGACUUACUCUGGUCAAAGACUGCGUCACUAGAUGGUCCAGCUCAUAUCAGAUGGUCUCCCGCCUUCUUGAAGUGAAGGACUCAAUUGUCCAGGUUGCUGAUGGGAUGGACUGGGACUGUCUCCUGCCCAGUGAGUGGCAGAAGCUGGCUGCUCUGAGAGACCUGCUCCUCCCCUUCGCAGAGCAUACCAAGAUGCUACAGAGCGACACCAUGUCCCUAUCCCUGGUGGUGCCCGCCCUCUUGGACCUGAGUGCUCACCUGUCCCAGUUCCCCCAGGGCACUGGCUACAGGGACCUAGCUGGCCUGGCACAAAAAAUGAAGGCCAACAUGGAGCAGCGCUUCAGCUGCUUCCUUGAUCCAGCGGAUCCAAAGUUCUCGCCCCUCGCCAUUGCUGCAUGCCUCCUGGAUCCAACGGUUUCACCUGAAACCCUCAUUGGGAAUGAGGACAUGCAAAUUCAGGAGCUUCUGAAAAGAGCAGAAGAUUACAUUUCUCAAACAACAUCACCACAGGAGGAGGAUGAUGCUUAUGAGGAGGAAGAAGAGAGAAGGGAGGCACCAGACACAUCCCCAUCUUCAAAGCGUCCAAGAUUCCGGUUCUUCUCAAAAGCAUGUGCAAGCCGGCCAUUAAGACCAAAGCCCUCUGUCAGGCAAGAGCUACAAAAGUUCAAGGAGCAGCUUUCUCAGCCCAUACAUGAAGAGAGCGCUUUUGACUUUUGGGCUGCACAGGGUUCUGCUGUGUACCAGACUCUAAAACCAUUUGCUUUUGACCUUCUGGCAAUGCCAGCAUCCCAAGCAUUUGCUGAGCGUGUUUUUAGUAUAACAGGAGACCUCACUCGUGGUCGGCGAAAUAGAGCAAGGCUCAUUUUAGAGAGAAGUGCUUUCCUCAAGCUUAAUAGAGAUGUGUAGCCUCAUUCUGCUGACUCGAGGUGGGGGGUUCAUGUUGCUGUUAAGACUGUCCCAUCUAAUUGUUAAAGCGUGUGUUUUUUUUGUGUGGUUGUUACACUGUUCUGUUUAACAACUUAUUUCUUCUACUUAUUUCUUGUCCAUGCCCACAUAUACCAAAAAAAAAAACACACAAACAACGAGCCUACACACAUUCACACACAAAACUUGUUUUUUUGUACGCACACAUAAACACUGUUUGUUAAAAGUUUGAGAUAUGUGUUUCAUGUAAAUAUGUGUUACAUUUUAUUUGUCAGAAAAUAAAUAGACCGACU